AUGGGAAAGAGCAAGGUUCUUGUUGUAGGGGCUACUGGGUAUAUCGGUAGGAGAAUUGUGAAAGCAAGCUUAGACCAAGGCCAUAUAACCUAUGUCCUUCAACGUCCUGAGAUAGGCCUUGACAUUGAUAAGCUACAUGUGCUAAUGUCAUUUAAAAAGCAAGGAGCUCGACUUGUUCAGGGUUCAUUUUCCGAUCAGCAAAGCCUUGUGGAAGCUGUGAAGAAAGUUGAUGUUGUCAUUUGCACCAUGUCCGGGGUGCAUUUUAAGACCCACAACAUUUUGAUGCAGCUCAACCUCGUGGAUGCGAUCAAAGAAGCAGGAAAUGUGAAGCGUUUCUUGCCCUCAGAAUUUGGUAUGGACCCAGCACGAAUGGAGCAUGCAUUGGCACCAGGAAGAGAAACAUUUGAUGAGAAAAUGAUUGUGAGAAAGGCAAUCGAAGAUGCUAAGAUCCCCUUCACUUAUGUAUCCGCUAACUGCUUUGCGGGUUACUUUGUUGGCAGCCUCUCUCAGCUUGAGACCCUAACCCCUCCAAAAGAUAAAGUUCAUCUUUAUGGAGAUGGCAAUGCUAAGAUUGUUUACAUGGAUGAAGAUGACGUUGCAACAUACACAAUCAAAGCAAUAGAUGAUCCUCGAACAUUGAACAAAACCUUGUACCUAAGGCCACCAGAAAACAUUCUCUCCCAAAGACAGUUAGUUGAGAUCUGGGAGAAACUCAGUGGAAAGAAACUAGAAAAGAUCAUCAUUUCUGGAGAUGACUUCCUAGCUUCCAUGAAAGACAUGGAUUAUGCAGCCAAGGCAGGAAUGGGGCAUUUCUAUCAUAUUUUCUAUGAAGGUUGUUUGACAAAUUUUGAAAUAGGAGAAGAUGGAGAAGAAGCUUCAAACCUUUAUCCAGAAGUGAAAUACACUCGCAUGGAUGAGUAUCUGAAAAUCUUUGUUUAA